UCCAGAAGAGCGAGUAUUUAGAGAGUUGUGUUGCUGCAGAAUCAAACCUUCUCUGUUAUUAUUGAGAAUAUUUUUGCACCACAGCGUCUUUUUAGUUUUUACCUUCUCAAGUAUCAUCGCCUGAUUGAAAGACUACUCAAAGCCUGUCUUGCCCUCCAUUCAACUCCAGAUUUUCGAUUGAUUUGCCAUUUAGAACCUCGAGAGAUCGUCUGAAACAAUCGGGACUUUUUAAGUGUGUUGUGAUGGGUGACACGGUGAUUUUCGAAGAAAAUGAAGAGUUGGAAUUGCCUCCGGGCUUUCGAUUCCACCCGACCGACGAAGAGCUGAUCACUCACUACCUCACCCCGAAAGUUCUGGACGGCAGCUUCUGCGCAAGAGCCAUGGGGGAGGUUGAUUUGAACAAGUGCGAACCGUGGGACUUGCCUGGGAGAGCGAAAAUGGGCGAAAAGGAAUGGUACUUCUUCUGCGUGAGAGACAGGAAGUACCCGACCGGUUUGAGGACGAACAGAGCGACCGAAGCUGGUUAUUGGAAAGCCACCGGGAAAGACAGGGAGAUUUAUAGGAUGAAGAAGGUGGUUGGGAUGAAGAAAACUCUGGUUUUCUACAGGGGAAGAGCUCCCAAUGGCCAGAAGACCAACUGGGUCAUGCAUGAAUUCAGACUAGAAGAUGGCUAUUAUCAACGGUAUCUUUCAAACCCACUAAAGAACGACUGGGUCAUAUGCAGAAUCUUUGCAAAAAGACCGGAUGGGAAGAAAGCUGAUCAGUCUGUGGCUCUGUCCGGCGGUCUAGAGAGGCUGAGCUGGUCUGACAAAGAGCCGAAACCAUGUCUCUUGCCUCUGCCUCCGCUGGUGGAGUCAUCUCCAUUCACCACAUCCUUCUCUGAUCGAGCCGAGGAUCACAACGCUCAGAAGGACCUCAUGUCGAGCAUGCACAGCCAGAAGACUCACCUCUUUCCUUCCUCAUCUUUGUCGGAGCUAGAACCGUCUCUCGACUCCGCGCCUCAAUUCAGCUGGUCCGACACGGUCUUCAUGCACGAGCAAUCGAUUAUGGGGAUGCUGCUGCUCGACAACUCCGAGUCGAACGCGAGAGCAGAGCACGCAGACUUCUCGCAAGUUAAACGCCCGAGCAGAGAGGCGGUUCAGACAUCUUUCCACCGCGAUGUGGAUUGCCUUUGGGGAAACUGAGGUUGGAGUUGGAAGACCAGGUAUCAAGUGAAGGUGAAGAGCACGACGGUUCUUAGAUGAUUCGAAUCUUCUUCUUUUUCCCCUCUUUCUAAUUAGUUUUUUCAUGGGUGGGGACUGGAGACUGCCAUUGUUUGAAGAGGCCCCGGUGCUUUGUGCGUGUGUUUGCAGAGAGUCUCUGCAUCUUCGUAACUCUGCUUUUCCCCCUGCUGCUGCUCUGUUCUACAUCUAUAUAAAGUAUAUAUGCAAGGCGAAAGCAUAAGGUGUAAUGUUC